AUGACAUCCACCAACGAUGAAAAUUCGCCAUCUCCUUCUCCCCCUGGUGCAAAAGGAUCUACGAGAAGUUUGAAGCGCAACAAGGCGAGAGACUUCUCCAAGGCAAAAGAGAGAAGCCGCCGGGCUCGGAAUUAUCCACCAACCUCUCCUGGGGCAGUACCCUCCUCUUCCAACAGGGCUGAGAGGAAGAAGGAAAGUAGCUCCGGAGGCAAGAUAACUUCUAAAGCCUCUGGCGACAAGUCUGGUGGGCGGAAAUCAAGAUCGUCAUCGUCACCUGCCAGCAAGUCUGGAGCAGUGUCUUCCACUGGAAGAGACAGAAGAAAAGGUAGAUCCAGAUCCAGCAAGUCCCGUCACCCAUCCUCGAAAGCCUCUUCAGGUUCGCCCACAACCCGCCGCUCUCGCCCAAACGAAGAAAAGCAGAUCUAUCUAGCGGGAAAUGCACCAAACUAUAGUCCUAGUAUUGGACCAUCCACGAACGAAAUGGAAGCUGGACUUGUGGCAGAGGCUGUGGACGAUUCGGAAAGGGAAUCUACCGCAAACGCUCUUCGUGAAAAGGACCGAGAAAACGAGGUACUGCGUCAAGAGCUCCAACGCCGAGAUAAGGAGCAAGAGUCCCAAUCGCGCCGUCGCAAAUGUCCCCUCUGGGGAAAGUUGUGUCUGGGGUCUCUAAUUUUGAUUGGUGCUGCCGUUGGCACUGUCGUUGCACUCACUGGUCGUGGCGGAGGCGAUAAUGAAGCUGCGACACCAGCUUCUAGUGAGCCAGCUGAAAGAGCAACUAAUAGUCCAAGUGCAAGUUCAGAUGCACAAAGUGUCUUUGAUCCACCAAGCCCAGGUGCAUGCUCCAAGAUAGCAGAAGGGCUUCCUGUGGACGGCCAAGAAGACAUGAACAUGCAACAGGUGGACGUCAAGGUGGAUAUCCAUCUGCUUAUGGAUCUAAACCGUGAAUUAUGGCUGCCCAGCCUAAUGCAGAAUAUUCAACAGCUGGUAAUGCCGCCUAUCGUUGGAUGCGGCAAUACCACUCUGGGUGUGUUUGCGCUUGGAAAUGCACAAGUCGAUGAAAACGACGUCCUUUGGUUCCCAUGUAAAGACGAAACAAACGGACCUUGCUAUACUGUGGAACUCCUAGUUAAUGUCCAUAUGAAGCAAGGCGUUGCGAGCUAUGACCUCGAUGACUUGAGCCGACUUGUCAAGGGAAUCUUUCAUGCGAGUACUAAUUUGUUGGUGAAUGCCCAAGAUGAAAACUCCAAGGCCAUCCAAGAUAUUGUGUUGGGAACAAGUGUAUCUGCCACAGCGUCCCCGUCAUUGCAGCCAUCAAGCAAUCUAGUUGUCACGGGCAAUCCAAGCAUAUCACCUUCUUUGAAACCUACCGUGCCUCCUGCAUCUGAACCAACGGUAUCUCCGACCGCGCUCUCGACGCCUGGUCCAACAGUGACUCCUGCAUCUGAACCAACGUUAGCACCAACAUUGGCUCCUUCGCCUGGUCUAACUUUGUCUCCGAGUAGUGGGCCGACUCUAGCUCCUGUGGUUGGACCAACAAGCCCCCCAAGUCCAAGUCCAACUCCUGAACCAUCAAUAACUCCGACUCCUGGACCUAGUGCUUUACCUACAGCAAGUCCUUCUCUGAUUCCAAGCGAAAGUCCUAGUACUUCGCCUACUUCCAUACCAUCAACAAGACCGAGCCAAGUUCCUACACCUGGACCAACUAUCGCUCCAAGUCUCCGUCCAUCUAUAGCUCCAACUAUCGCUCCAAGUCUCCGUCCAUCUCUGAGACCAUCGUUAUCCUUAUCUAUGGCGCCAAGUUUCUGCCCUAUUUGUCUUGGCGGUGCAGCUUGUGGUGAUCUUAGAGUUGUCAGGGAUAAGGUUGGUUGUGAAUCUUGCGUUGGGUGGCUUACAUGUGAAAAAUUCCCAGUCGACUUCAAGGUUGGAGAAGGAUCAUGCCUGAACCAUUACGCUUGCAGAGGUCUGAAGGAGGGAGUAUUAAUUGGUGAUAACUCUUGUCGAGGAAGCUUAACAAAUAAUGAGGGGAAAGCUUGCGAGUAUGUGAGGGCUAACACAAGAAUUGGAAACAACGCAUGCACGGGAUGGCAAUCAUGUGCAUCUGUAAUUGGGGUUGUUGCAGACAACUCGUGCAACGCUUUUUCAUACGAUGAUCAAACUCAAGCAGUAAACGUACAAAGAGCAUGUUAUGCACGAUCAGCCAUUGUUAUUGGAGAAGGAUCAUGUAAUGGCAACAGAGCAUGUGCAGGAGUUCAUGCUUUCACCGCUGGGCAACCGAUGACAGUUGGGAGAAAUAGUUGCAAUUGCGAUGGCUGUUGCCAAUGUCUUACCCAAGUGGGAGACAAUGAAUGUAAUUCACCGGGCGAAUGUUGUUGA